CUCUAAGCGAAACGGGCAGACUCGGCCUGGCUCAGUCUCAGUGACGAGUCAGUCUUCAAGAUGGCGAUGUCCGACUCGAAAGCCCCGCUUCGCCAAGUGAAGCGGGUCCAGUUUGGGAUCCUGUCUCCAGACGAAAUUAGACGGAUGUCUGUCACCGAAGGGGGCAUCCGCUACCCAGAGACGAUGGAAGGUGGGCGUCCGAAGCUCGGAGGUCUCAUGGACCCCCGACAAGGAGUCAUCGACAGGCUCUCUAGAUGUCAGACUUGUGCAGGUAAUAUGAGUGAAUGUCCUGGGCAUUUUGGACACAUUGAUCUAGCCAAGCCUGUCUUUCACAUCGGUUUUAUAACAAAGACGAUAAAAAUUCUCCGAUGUGUGUGUUUUUACUGUUCGAAACUUCUUGUUAGUCCGAGCCACCCCAAAAUAAAAGAAAUUGUUAUGAAAUCCAAAGGGCAGCCAAGAAAACGAUUGACAUUCGUGUACGAUCUCUGCAAGGGGAAAAACAUAUGCGAAGGUGGUGACGAGAUGGAUAUUGGCAAGGAAAACAUGGAUGAAAGUGCUCAAAGUAACCGCAAACCUGGCCAUGGUGGUUGUGGUCGUUACCAGCCAAAUUUAAGGCGCACAGGGCUGGAUGUUACAGCAGAAUGGAAACACGUAAAUGAGGAUGCACAAGAGAAAAAAAUUGCCCUCAGUGCUGAGAGAGUGUGGGAAAUUUUGAAACACAUCACCGAUGAAGAGUGUUUCAUUCUGGGCAUGGACCCCAAAUAUGCUCGCCCUGAUUGGAUGAUAGUGACUGUACUUCCCGUGCCACCACUUUCUGUACGUCCUGCUGUCGUUAUGUAUGGCUCAGCCAGGAAUCAGGAUGACUUGACGCACAAGCUGGCGGAUAUAAUCAAAUGUAACAAUGAGCUACAAAGAAAUGAGCAGUCAGGAGCUGCCACCCAUGUCCUCGCUGAAAACAUUAAAAUGCUUCAGUUUCAUGUUGCGACACUUGUUGAUAAUGACAUGCCUGGUUUACCAAGGGCAAUGCAAAAAUCAGGAAAACCAUUAAAAGCCAUAAAAGCACGAUUAAAGGGCAAGGAAGGAAGAAUUAGAGGUAAUUUGAUGGGCAAGCGAGUUGACUUUUCUGCUCGUACUGUAAUCACACCAGAUCCAAAUCUAAGGAUUGAUCAAGUCGGUGUUCCGCGUUCUAUUGCCCAAAAUAUGACAUUCCCUGAAAUUGUCACACCAUUCAAUGUUGAUAAAAUGUUGAAUCUUGUCCAGAGGGGAAAUACGACUUACCCAGGUGCCAAGUACAUUGUUCGUGACAACGGUGAGCGAAUUGAUCUUCGUUUUCACCCGAAACCUUCUGACUUGCAUCUACAAUGCGGCUAUAAAGUUGAGAGGCACAUCAAUGACGGUGAUCUAGUCAUUUUCAACCGUCAGCCAACCCUUCACAAAAUGAGUAUGAUGGGGCACAGAGUCAAAGUGCUUCCCUGGUCGACAUUUCGUAUGAAUUUGAGUUGUACCUCUCCAUACAAUGCAGAUUUUGAUGGGGAUGAAAUGAAUCUCCACGUACCACAAUCAAUGGAGACGAGAGCCGAAGUUGAAAAUCUACACGUCACUCCUAGACAAAUUAUAACCCCACAAGCUAACAAACCUGUUAUGGGUAUUGUACAAGACACACUCACCGCUGUUAGAAAAAUGACAAAACGAGAUGUCUUUUUGGAGAAAGAACAAAUGAUGAACAUCCUCAUGCACUUACCUGUUUGGGAUGGGAAAAUGCCUAUUCCUGCUAUUCUCAAACCUAAACCGUUAUGGACUGGUAAACAAGUAUUCUCCCUCAUUAUACCGGGAAAUGUAAAUAUGAUACGUACACAUUCAACUCAUCCAGAUGAUGAAGAUAAUGGCCCUUAUAAAUGGAUUUCCCCAGGUGACACCAAGGUAAUGGUGGAACACGGAGAGUUAGUCAUGGGCAUUUUAUGUAAAAAGACGCUUGGGACCUCAGCUGGUUCUUUAUUGCACAUUUGUUUCUUAGAACUUGGCCAUGAGGAAUGUGGCCUUUUUUAUGGAAAUAUCCAAACAGUAGUUAACAACUGGCUACUGUUAGAAGGUCACUCAAUCGGUAUCGGUGAUACCAUUGCUGAUCCUCAGACAUAUCUCGAAAUCCAGAAAGCUAUAAAAAAAGCCAAAGAAGAUGUAAUAGAAGUUAUUCAGAAAGCCCACAAUAUGGACCUUGAACCUACACCUGGUAACACAUUGAGACAGACUUUUGAAAAUCAGGUAAACAGAAUAUUGAACGAUGCUCGUGACAAGACUGGUGGUUCAGCUAAAAAAUCCUUAACUGAAUACAACAACCUGAAGGCUAUGGUCGUUUCUGGCUCUAAAGGAUCGAAUAUUAAUAUCUCACAGGUUAUUGCCUGUGUAGGGCAACAGAACGUAGAAGGUAAGCGUAUUCCGUUUGGCUUUAGGAAGAGAACCCUGCCUCACUUCAUUAAAGACGAUUAUGGUCCUGAGUCGAGAGGAUUUGUGGAAAACUCAUAUCUUGCCGGGUUAACACCAUCUGAGUUCUUUUUCCAUGCUAUGGGAGGAAGAGAAGGUCUUAUUGAUACUGCUGUAAAAACUGCAGAAACUGGUUAUAUCCAGCGACGUUUGAUAAAGGCUAUGGAGUCUGUAAUGGUCCAUUACGAUGGUACUGUGCGUAACUCUGUUGGCCAACUUAUUCAGUUGCGUUAUGGAGAAGAUGGCCUUUGCGGCGAAGCUGUUGAGUUUCAGAAAAUCCAAACUGUUGAUUUGUCUAAUAAAAAAUUUGAAAAUCAGUUCAAGUUUGAUGCUUCAAAUGAAAGGCACUUGAGAAAAAUAUUUACAGAGGAUGUAUUGCGAGAGCUGCUAGGCAGUGGUGAAGUAAUUUCAGCUUUAGAGCAGGAAUGGGAACAACUAUGUCGCGAUAGGGAGGCGCUCAGACAGAUUUUUCCGUCUGGUGAAAGCAAGGUUGUGCUCCCGUGUAAUUUGAAGCGAAUGAUAUGGAAUGUACAGAAAAUCUUUCAUAUCAACGUCAGAGCUCCCACUGAUCUAUCACCGUUGAAAGUUAUUGAAGGUGUUCGUGAUCUGCUUCAAAAAUGUAUCAUUGUGGCCGGAGAUGAUCAUCUUAGCAAACAGGCAAAUGAAAAUGCCACACUUUUAUUUCAGUGUCUUGUAAGGAGCACUUUAUGUACUAAACUAGUAUCAGAAAAAUUCAGGCUAUCAUCUGAAGCUUUUGAAUGGUUAAUUGGUGAAAUUGAAAACAGAUUUAAACAAGCUCAGGCCCAACCAGGAGAGAUGGUCGGAGCACUGGCAGCCCAGAGUUUGGGCGAACCGGCCACUCAGAUGACACUGAACACUUUCCACUUUGCCGGAGUGUCAUCGAAGAACGUAACCCUCGGAGUACCUAGAUUGAAAGAAAUCAUUAACAUAAGUAAAAAGCCGAAAGCUCCCUCUCUCACGGUAUUCUUGACCGGUGCAGCAGCCAGGGACGCUGAAAAAGCAAAGAAUGUUCUUUGCCGACUUGAACAUACAACUCUGAGAAAAGUGACUGCAAACACGGCCAUCUAUUACGACCCCGACCCUCAAAAUACAGUGAUUCCUGAAGAUCAGGAAUUCGUUAAUGUAUAUUAUGAGAUGCCUGAUUUUGACCCUUUACGAAUUUCACCCUGGUUACUCCGAAUAGAAUUAGAUAGGAAGAGAAUGACAGACAAGAAGCUUACAAUGGAGCAGAUUUCUGAAAAGAUAAAUGCUGGAUUUGGUGAUGAUUUGAAUUGCAUUUUCAAUGAUGAUAAUGCUGAGAAACUUGUACUUCGUAUACGUAUCAUGAACAGUGAUGAUGGUAAAAUGAACGAAGAAGAAGAAAGUGUCGAUAAAAUGGAAGAUGAUAUGUUCCUUAGAUGUAUUGAGGCAAAUAUGCUUUCUGAUAUGACUCUUCAGGGAAUUGAAGCAAUUAGCAAAGUGUAUAUGCACUUGCCACAAACGGAUUCAAAGAAGAGAAUAAUCGUUACAGAAAGUGGAGAAUUUAAAGCAAUUGCUGAUUGGCUUUUGGAAACUGAUGGGACAAGUUUGAUGAAAGUACUGAGUGAAAGGGAUGUAGAUCCUGUUAGAACAUUCUCUAACGAUAUUUGUGAAAUAUUUUCGGUUUUGGGCAUUGAGGCUGUUCGUAAAUCAGUAGAGAAGGAAAUGAAUGCUGUACUUCAAUUUUAUGGUCUUUAUGUAAAUUAUCGACACUUGGCUUUACUUUGUGAUGUAAUGACAGCUAAAGGCCAUCUAAUGGCCAUCACUCGUCACGGAAUCAAUAGACAGGACACUGGUGCCCUUAUGAGGUGUUCUUUUGAAGAAACUGUUGAUGUCCUCAUGGAUGCAGCUUCCCAUGCUGAAGUCGAUCCUAUGAGAGGUGUUUCUGAAAAUAUUAUUAUGGGACAAUUACCUAGGAUGGGAACAGGCUGUUUUGAUCUCUUACUUGAUGCUGAAAAAUGUAAGGAAGGCAUAGAAAUGCCGACUGGUGUUGGCGCAUUAGCAGGAGCAGGUAUGUUCUAUGGAAAUGCUACUACUCCAAUGACGUCUCCGCCAAGCACUCCUUGGGCAAGUGGGUCUACACCUAUGUCCGCUUAUGCCAGUCAACCAAGUUCUUGGUCUCCAACCAGAGAUUAUGCACAUUUCUCCCCAUCUGGAGCAAGUGAUGCUGGUGGAGCUUCACCAUGGAGUCCUGGUAGGGCUGACGGUGAUUCGAGUCCAAGAUCUCCAAUGCCUUAUUUGGCUUCACCAGGAGGAACUUCACCAAGUUAUUCCCCUCAGAGCCAUAGCUUUGCCCCUCAGUCGCCUUCUUCCCCUUCGUCUCAAUAUUCUCCAACGUCACCUGUUUAUGCAGGUUCUUCAUCGCCCUCAUACACUCCAGCAUCUCCUUCUUACUCUCCAGCAAGUUCUUUGUACUCUCCUACAUCUCCUUCUUAUUCACCAACAUCACCUUCUUAUUCCUCGACAUCUCCCAGUUAUCCUAUCUCUCCAUCUUUUACUUCAAAUUCGAGAGGUUAUUCUCCAUCUCCUUUGUACUCCCCCCCAUCUGUAUAUUCACCACCACAAACCAAUUAUUCCCCUACUUCACGCUCAAUGGGAGCGGCGACUUCUACCAAUUAUUCGCUAUCUCCUGCCAGUUCUAACUAUUCCCCAAAUUCGCCCUCUUUUCCUUCAGGGUCUACAUAUUCCCCAUCGCCAUCAUAUUCUGUUAAUUCUUAUUCUCCACAUUAUUCUCCCACGUCUCCGAUGUCAUAUUCACCAACAUCUCCAAGCUACGGCAGCAACAGCAGUCCCCAACAAUUACAAAGCAAUCAGAGUUAUUCUCCAACCUCUCCUAGCUAUUGUUCCACAUCUCCUGCCAAUUCUUCAUAUUCUGUAUCACCUCAAGUUUAUUCACCUUCAUCACCAACACAAUUUUCUUCUACGAAAUAUUCUCCAACUUCACCAUAUACCCAAUCCAGUGCUCAAUACUCACCGAAUUCAUCCCGCUAUUCUCCUACUUCGCCAACCACCCCAGCAUACAGUUCAAAUUAUUCUCCCACUUCGCCAGCCCCCUAUUCUCAGACUGGGCAAAGCGGCCAAUAUUCUCAUUCCCCAGCAGUGUAUUCUCCCACAUCACCUUAUGAUUCAAACGAGCCUUCACCGCGUUAGUUUUUUUUAUAAGUAAUUUAAUUGUACAGACUCGUUUUUGUAUAAAUAUAUUCUGAUCAUUUGGUACUAAGGGAAAUUUUUAACAGUUAUUAAACCAAAGUUAUGUAUCUUGGUUCUCAUUUGUCGUUUACUUGCAUUGUUUUGUUUUUUAUUCUAUUGUAAUGCAUUUAGUAUUGAUACAAUUUUUAUAAAAAAAAACAAAACAAAUAAUUAAAAAAAAAGAUACCAAUUAAUGUUGAAUGAAAAAUGUGUAAAUAGUUACUAUUCAGCAAGGAAGACAAAAAAUCGAUAAAUAUAUUUAUUAUAAUAAAAAAAGAUAAUUUUUGUGUUGUUGCA